AUGGCUUCAUUACAUUUUGGGUUCCGAUUCACGAAUUUCCUUAGUAAGAGUUCUCAGUAUAUCGUUCCAGCCGAUAUGUAUCUUGGUCAAGUUUAUUUUGCACUUCGUAAUGGUAAGGAUAAACCGCCGAUCCAUUAUUCGAUUAGCACAAUUUAUGAUUUAGC